UUGGUUCUAGUUCAAAUCCUUUUGCCAAAUAAAAAGCCCCAUAUGGCCUAUCCGAGAGUUGGUGCCACCACCAUAACCACCGGUGUCACCACCGUGGACUGCCAGAAACAAGUCAGGUCGUGGCGGCUUCUUCGCUCUCUCAUCGAACUUCUAAUCCCAACUUGCAAUUGCACCUUCAUAGAAGAUCAUGAUCAAGAUCAACUACAAGCCAAACAAGAACAACAAAAAAGCCACGGCAACAACUACUACUAUCCCCACUAUCCCCAACCCAGCUUUGCUUGUUCCAACAACAUCAUAACCGGCACCAUAUUCGGGUACCGAAGAGGCAAAGUUAGCUUCUGUAUCCAAACAAACUCCAAGUCCAAUCCAAUUCUACUUCUUGAAUUAGCUUUGCCCACAACGGUUCUAGCUAAAGAAAUGCAAGGCGGGUUUCUUAGAAUAGCACUUGAGUCUACUAGCCCAGGAAAUGGUGCUAGUACUAAUUCUAAUUCUCUUUUGGCCACACCUGUAUGGACCAUGUAUUGCAAUAGUAGAAAAGUUGGGUACGCAAUCAAGCGCAGGCCUUCAGAGCAUGACUUGGAAGCACUGAAGAUGAUGGGUUCAGUUGUUGUUGGUGCCGGAAUUAUAAGUGGUAAUAAGGAGGAUGAUGAGAUUAUGUACCUCAGAGCCAACUUUGAGAGAGUUUGUGGUUCAGCUAAUUCUGAGUCCUUCCAUUUGAUUGACCCAGAUGAGAGUAUUGGCCAGGAGCUUAGUAUUUUCCUUUAUCGUUCAAGGUGACCAUAAUUAAAUGAUUAUGGUUUUAAAUUGGUUUGUAAUUAGCACAGCAACCCAUAACUUAUAUAGGACCCUCUUUCUUUCUUUUUUAGCUGUGCUUUUGUGUAG